CAGCAAGGGCUCUGGCCAGACCCACCUGGAUGUCACGCAGAUCACGCCUCAGAAGGUCGCCUUGAAUCUUCGUCCUGGUGACCGGACCUCCUUCCGCGUUCAGGUUCGGCAAGUGGAGGACUAUCCCGUGGACCUCUACUACCUGAUGGAUCUCUCCCUGUCCAUGAACGACGACCUGGAUAAUAUUCGCAAUCUGGGGACCAAGCUGGCUGAGGAGAUGCGAAAGCUCACUAGCAAUUUCCGGCUGGGGUUUGGAUCUUUUGUGGACAAAAACAUUUCUCCUUUCUCCUACACGGCACCAAGAUACCAAAACAAUCCCUGCAUUGGUUACAAGCUGUUCCCCAGCUGUGUGCCAUCCUUUGGUUUCCGCCACCUCUUGUCCCUAACGGAUAAAGUUGACCGUUUCAACGAAGAAGUUCAGAAACAGAAGGUUUCCCGCAACCGAGAUGCUCCAGAGGGCGGUUUCGAUGCCAUUUUGCAGGCUGCUGUGUGCAAGGAGAAGAUCGGUUGGCGGAAGGAGGCAUCUCACCUGCUGGUCUUCACGACGGAUGACGUGCCCCACAUAGCCCUGGAUGGGAAGCUGGGGGGGCUGGUGCAGCCCCAUGACGGCCAGUGCCACCUGAAUGAAGCCAAUGAGUACAGCGCGUCCAGCCAGCUGGAUUAUCCUUCCCUGGCGCUUCUUGGGGAGAAACUCGCUGAAAACAACAUCCACCUGAUUUUUGCUGUUACAAAAAGCCAUUACGUCCUGUACAAGAACUUUACUGCCUUGAUUCCUGGGACAACAGUGGAGAUUUUGCACAAAGACUCCAAGAAUAUUCGGAGCUGGGGCAGUAUUCGGUCCAAGGUGGAGCUCACGGUCUGGGACAGCCCUGAGGACAUUGGCUUGACCUUCACUGCCACCUGCCAGGAUGGAUUGUCCUAUCCUGGGCUCAGGAAGUGUGGGGAUCUCAAAAUAGGAGAUACGGUUUCCUUCGAGGUGGCCGUGGAGGCGCGGAGCUGCCCCACUGAGGACACCUCCCAUGCCUUCACCAUCAAGCCCGCUGGUUUUCGGGACACGCUGGAGGUGGCAGUGACCUACAACUGCCUCUGCGGGUGCACCGGCCCUGCCGCGCCGGCCAGCGGCAAGUGCAGCGGCAACGGGACCUAUGCCUGCGGGCUGUGCGAGUGCGACGCUGGCUACCUGGGGGCCCGGUGCGAGUGCGAGGAGGGUGCCAGCGGGGACAUGCACCACGCCAUGUGCCGGGAGGCGGAGGGCAAACCCCUCUGCAGCGGGAGAGGGGAGUGCAGCUGCAACCAGUGCCUCUGCUACGAGAGCGAGUUCGGAAACAUCUACGGGCCCUUCUGCGAGUGCGACGACUUCUCCUGCGCCAGGUACAAGGGAGUCCUCUGUUCAGGCCACGGAGAGUGUCACUGCGGAGAGUGCAAGUGCCACGCCGACUACAUUGGGGACAACUGCAACUGCUCCACCAAGACGGACGGCUGCAUCUCCAGCGACGGGCAGAUGUGCAGCGGCAGGGGCACCUGCGUCUGUGGGAAGUGUCAGUGCACUGAGCCGGGGGCUUUUGGAGAGACGUGUGAGAAGUGUCCCACCUGCCCGGGCGUCUGUAGCACUAAAAGGGACUGCAUUGAAUGCAAGCUGUUUAACUCAGGAAGACUGGCUGAUAACCAAACCUGCCAAAAGCACUGCAAGGACGAGAUCAUCACCACUGUGGAUGUUCUCGAAACAGAUGACCCAAACGCAAUCCUCUGCGCCUACCCAGUGAACAACUGUGUCAUGAAGUUCACCUACUCGGAGCUUGCCAGUGGGAAAUCCAACCUCACCGUCCUCAAAGAGCCAGCGUGCAGCUCGGCCCCCAGUGCCGUGACGAUUGUGCUGGCGGUGAUUGGCAGCGUGGUGCUGAUCGGCAUCAUCCUGCUGGGGCUCUGGAAGCUGCUCGUCACCAUUCACGACAGGCGGGAAUUCGACCGAUUCCAGAGCGAACGCUCCCGGGCCAGAUACGAAAUGGCAUCCAAUCCUCUCUACCGAAAGCCUAUUUCCACGCAUAACGUAGAGUUCACGUUCAACAAGCUCAACAAGUCUUACAACGGUACAGUUGACUGA